AUGUCCACUGGUCAAGCCGCAACGCGGCACAAAGGCCCUCUGUCGGACACGACAAGCCAGUUAAUUAAUGCGUACCAACAAAUGCACAGGGACCUGGCCCCCCACGGUGGGAGUAGUCCACGGACCGAAAUCGACCCUGACAAGCUCAAGGUCAGUACUUUCCUUCAGCGUCAACUCCAAAUCCUCGAUUCUCUCAGAAGCUGCUCUGUUUGCGCAGAUCGAAGAAUGACAGCCACCAGCUCAGGCACAUUGACGCCGCUGCCCCUCACAACGACCUUCAAACCACCGAGCGCAUGUCUCACCGACCUCUGGGCUGCUCAUAGUGCCGGCUCGACAUGGAUGAACCUUGGCCCUCUCGAUACCGCUCGAUGUCUCCCGUCAGGAUGGUCCCCUUCGAGUACGUUCUCGCCGGGUGUCUGUCCAAGCGGCUGGAUCAUGGCCUCGAAUUUGACCACGGAAGUGUCAAAUAAGCCCGUCACGGUAGGGACCUGUUGUCCCAAAUAUUUACCCAGCGGCUGGGUCUUAUCCACACGUCCCUCAGGAGAAUCCCCGCGUCCAUGGCACACCUCUGAGAUCUGCCAGUGGUCUCCCACAACCAACUUGAAUUUCCGGUACAUGUUGCUCACCGAGGAUACCACGGAACUCAUGCACGGCACGAUGACCGCGGGUGGAGUGUGGAAUGCAUAUGGCAUCGUGGUCGAGUGGCAAUCGAGUGACCAUAUCUAUCUCGCGACAGCUACUGCGACUACUACCUCCUCAGAAAUCUCCACACAACAUGUUACAAGCACAUCAUCGGGCUUGUCAUCAAAUGCCAAGGCUGGAAUCGGAGUUGGCGUGGCGAUUGGAGCGAUAUCGAUCCUUUUGGCAUUUGGUCUUCUCAUUUGGCGUCGCCGAAAGCGCCCAAAGACCCCGCGUGGUCCCCUGAACACCGCUGAACUCGAUAGUCACUCAAACUAUGAAAUGUCCGGUACGGACAAGUUGGAGUUGGACUCAAAUCCUCUUCAUGAAGCAGGGGGAUUACCCAAGACUCAUUCUUCGACUCAAGAGCUCGUCGAGCUGGACGGGACCCAUUGA